AUGGCUAGGAAAAUCAAAAUGGAACAUCUUAAAAGCGACAUCGAUCUGCACGUCGAUAAUCCAACGAAAAAUGCGGAAAACUUAAUCGAAUGGAAUGUUGACAUGAAAGUGACAGUGUCUAACGUGAAAAAAUCAAAGAUGUUCCAAAGAUCUCGCACGAUAGUUCUUUUCCUUUUAGCAAUUAUUUUCGGUGUUUUAUUGCUACACGUGAGGAAGGAAGUGCGAUCCUUGCAAAUACAAGUGCAAUCUAUAAAUGUAAAUUUACUAUUACUAAUGUCCAAGUAUGAUAGGCUGAAUCGAAGUUUAAAUCGAGCUUGGAUUCAUAGGUCCGAAAGAUUUCUUGAGAAUCGAAAUUUACAUGAUAUGCAAAGAUUACUUGAGGAAGCAUCAUCGAUAACUAAAACUAUUGAUAUUUUCGAUAGAAUUCGAAAUGCGACUAAUGAAAGCUCAUACACUUAUAAUUCAAUGGUUCAAUACUUAAAUCUAAUGAGAAAUCUGAAAGGGAAAUAUUUGUUACGCGGCGACGCUUAUAGUGACAGUGAUAAGAACAGUACUACGAUUCCUAAUUCAUUGACAAUGCAAGAGAAUAAUGAAUAUAACCUAAGUGAUUCUACUCUACGAUUUGAAAGAGCGACAUUACCGUUAAAAAAGCGGAAUUCGAUGGAGAAAAAUAUACAAUCGAAUCAUGGAAAGAUUCAGUAUGAUAAUGAUACAAAUGAUUAUUAUAAUGACGAGGACUUAGAUGUAUGGAGAGAACCCCGUACGAGAAGGAUCAGAAGAGACGAGGGAAGAGGUAAAAAACGAGGAAAGAACAAAAGGCGGCCCAAACGUAGUCACAGGCGAUUGGGACCUUUAGUGGCAACAUUUGUUGGAGCAAUUCCUGAACAACAUAUCACAGACACAGUUUACAUUGGUCCAUGGGUGAAAAGUACUAAAAACGAUACUCAAUAUAGUUUAAAUAAAUUUCAUCUGGUGGAAGAUAAGAAAUCUAUAGAAGUUACAGUAACAGGUUUAUAUAUGAUUUCUGCACAGAUUUUUUACUUUGGUGAACCAACAAACUAUUCUUAUUGGAUACUGUUAAAUUCAGAAGGAAAAUCCACAACACAGAAACUUGUGAAAUGUUCUACAGCUUCUUCCGCAUCAGCAACAGAAGUGUCCUGUUACACAAGUGUUAUAAUACCUUUACAAAGGGGGGACAGGGUUCACAUACAGCAACAGGAGAGAGAUAGAUUGAUAAACAUGCGAGAAGGACACAGUUAUAUACAACUUGUACUUCUAUCUAACAAUACUUCUAGGAGACGUGUACGGUAAAACGAUAUCACGAUGUUUUAAGUUGUGCCAUGAACAGUAACAAAGGAACUUAAUAUUCCGUAACUGUGAUUUUACGAUGAACGACAAUCCAG